AUGACUCUUAAUCCGGGACCAAUAGUGCAUAUUCUGGGGCUUGGUGCCAUGGGUGCUCUCUUAGCGGCCGAUUUGCUUCGGUAUACCAACGCUUCUGUGAUUCCGUUAUUUAGGUCUAAGGAAAGAUUAUCGAGAUUCCAAGAUGAAUACCAGAGCACUAUCAAGAUUCGGAAGAUGUUUCUAGAGGAUCAGCCGGUGGAGAAUAGUACUGUGGAGAGAAGUGAAUGUCCUGAGACUUUUGCCGGUGAACCUAUCAGGAAUCUUAUCAUCACUACGAAAACCUAUCAAACCAAGGAUGCUUUACAACCAUAUAUGAGGUUUAUCAAUUCACAUACAAACUUGAUUUUGAUUCAAAAUGGUCUUGGUGUUCCAGAAAUGUUGAAAGAGGAUGUUUUCACUGAUCCAAAGAGAAGACCGCAGUUAUUCCAGGGUGUUAUUUCUCAUGGUGCUUAUCAGGAUCAGGGGUUUACUUAUAAACAUGCUGGUACGGGCGACUUGAAAAUUGCUAAAUUACCAUGGGACGUGAGUGACUCUAUUCAGAGCCUCGAAAGUGCUGCGAAGGACAGUCAAGAGAAUGAGCUUGUAAAAUUGUUGACAGAGCCCAAAUUUGCGCAAGCAAUCAAUUGUAAGCAAAUGACUUACCAAGAAAUGCUAAUGGGACAACUUUACAAAUUCUUGGUCAAUUCAUGUAUCAACCCGGUCACUUCAAUCGUCGACUGUGUCAACGGAGAACUCGCUGACGACUGCUCUGAAAUAUUUACACUUAUCAUCGACGAAUGUCUCCAAAUUCUCAGGGUCGAAUACAAAUCCCUUUUUGACUAUGAACAAGAGUACCAGGGCAAAUCCGGCUAUCCACAGUUAUCCGUUAACUCUGUCCUCAACACUGCUCACAUGUUACAGGAAGUGGUGACUGUCGGCUGUGUCGUGAACCGUCAAAAUAGCAGUUCCAUGAGACAAGACACCCUGAAUCUUAGAGACACUGAAAUCGAAUUCAUUAACGGCUACAUUGUCAAGCUCGCUAAAAAGCAUAACCUCAACGCUAAAGUCAACGAGACCGUCCAGGCCUUCGUAAACCUAAGAACUGGAGUCAACAGAAAGCGCAAUAUCGAGGGUGACAAGAGAUCAAAUAAAUAG